AUGCCACCCAAGAAGAAAUCGAAGCCAGCCGGAACAGCGGAGGUGUUACUGGAACCCCCAGCCCCGACCGGGCCUUCGGCUGAUAGCCCCACUUCGGCCAUACCAGGAUCAAGUAAUGAUUUGGCCGGGGGAGCUUUGGCUGGACGAGAACGGCACUGCGAGGUUGAAAUAGGACCACAACAACCCAGUGAUGGCCGCCAGGGCGAAGCAGUCCGAGUUAGCACGGAGCAAAUGCCGGUCAUGGAACCAAUAGAUCGCACGCACUUUGAUCCUCCAGAAAAAGAAGGCGAAAGGGAGCGAAAUGAAGAAUGGGAGGACCUCGACGACUUCGCAGAGUUUGAGCAUGAGGAAGAAAAAAAUGAAGAAAGAACAGCAAGGCUAGAAGCGGAAGAGUUGGAAAGGCAGCUAGCGCAAAAGAAGCGCAUGUUGGAUGGCCUAGCGGCGAGUCAAAAAGCCGGAGAGUACCGCAGGCGGGCGGAUGAAGCUAGAAAAACAUUGGAAAAAAUCCAGGAAGAAAUCGAUAUGCUCCACCAAGCGGAGGGCAUGUCUCGCCGGCCAACUCCGCCGGGAGACUUGAUACGAGCUUCAUAG